GGUGCUGGAUUCACGUUCUUUAUUGACAUAGCAGCUUCUUCUUAAAGCUUUGUCACCAGAAAAUAUGAUUGUUUACUUUUAUUAGUAUUUAAUUCCUUUGGUAAGGGAUAAUUAAAAUCAGAUGCCAUCGAAGGUGUAGCAAAUCCUGGAGUGAAGACCUGUGAAAUUAAUAGUCUUUUUUUUUUUUUUUUUUUAAAGUUGAUUUGAAGCCCUGGAUUGAAGAUGGCUAGUCAGUUUCGCAGCUACAUUUGGGAUCCAGUGCUCAUCAUCUCCCAGAUCAUCCUGAUGCAGUGCAUUUACUACAGCUUCCUAGGUCUUUGGAUAGCCAGUGUAGAUGGUCUUGUGCACACCAACAGAUCUCUUGAUCAGAUAUUCAGUUACGAAGUCCUUGGUUUUUCUACGACACAUGGUCGACUCUCAAUGAUGGCAUUCAUUCUGAACUCUCUCACAUGUGCCCUGGGCUUGUGGUUAUUCAUCCGCCGGGGAAAGCAGUGUUUGGACUUCACAGUCACAGUGCAUUUUUUCCACAUGAUUGGCUGUUGGAUCUAUAACUCCCAUGUGCCGGCUGCUCUGUCAUGGUGGCUGGUUAAUAUUGCCUGCAUUGCCUUAAUGGCAGUCAUCGGGGAGUACCUGUGCAUGCGGACAGAGCUACGUGCCAUUCCUGUGAAUACUGGUCCCAAAUCCAGCUUGUGAGGAUAUCUCUAAUCGAGAGACGGUGCAUUCAGUUCAGCCUUGGGCUAUGAAUAAGCUGGCAGACUUGAUUGAAUCGCAUGGCAUGUUGAGCUGUGUGACAGUGUUAACUUCUUCUACCACUAACAGUGGUUGCAGCUAAGGUGGAUGUCUACUAGCUAAGGUGGAUGCAAACAUGAUCCAAGUAUUGACUGAAAUGGACACUUCCUCUAAAAUUCCUUAAUUUUGUCACUUCCUUUUUACAUCAUUAGAUAAACUUAAUUUUGCCUAAGUGGAUGUUUCUCAUGCUUCUGAAACGGAGGCUUGUAGGCCCAGAAUCAGAAUACUGCAAAACUGAAUCCUAAAAUAAGCUGUUUUGUUGCACUUUUGUAAUCUUGGUUUUAAAAAGACUAUUUGAAGCAUUUUGGGUUUUUAUAUGCAAAUAGACACUGAAGAACAGAGCUGAUUUAUUUAAUUUUCCAUUAAACAAUGUUCUGUAUUUGUCCUACUGAGUGAUUUAGUUUUUCAUUCAAAGAAAAAUCUUUCUUAAACAGACUCAUCUAGCAGUUAUAUAAUGUAACUGAAUGAUGGGAUAUUUUGGGUUAUUUGUGUACUUUGUGUACGUGUCCUGUAUAUGAGUUCAAAUAAAUUUUGUUGUUAUUGGAA